AUGCAGUCAGGUCACCGCAUGAGCCACAGCCAAGCCGCCACGGGACCACCCAACCCCAGCCCCGUGGAGCGCAGCCGCGCACAGGAGGAGCCUGACCUCCCCGUGGAGAGGAAACUAGUGGGGAACACACUUGAUGUAGCGGUACAAAGGCUGAGGACCCCGAGCCCACAGGUGGGCGAUGACGACUCGGAGGCUGAGUCUUUUCGAGACGGGAGAAGUGAGGAGGUGGACCGGGACACCAGGACCAGGGCGCACGCGUGGUGUAGGGACUUUCUGUCCGGAUCCUGGAAAAGCUUACAUGAAGAGGAUUUUCAAAUCAGCAUCGUCAGUGGUGGGCUGAGUAACCAGCUGUACCUGUGCUGCUUACCUGAGCAUGUGCCUGUGGAGGGAGAGGAGCCCCGACGGGUGCUCCUCAGGAUCUAUGGUGCUAUCCUACAGGGUGUGGACUCACUGGUGUUGGAAAGUGUCAUGUUUGCCAUACUUGCAGAAAGAACUCUUGGACCAAAACUUUAUGGCAUAUUUCCAGAGGGACGUUUAGAGCAAUACCUCCCGAAUACUCGAAUGCGCACUGAUCAACUCUCACAACCAUCGAUCUCAGCUGAGAUUGCUACUAAAGUGGCCCGCUUCCAUAACAUGGUCAUGCCUUUCAACAAAGAGCCCAAAUGGCUUUUUGCCACCAUUGACAAAUACAUGGAUCAAGUGAUGAAACUUCAAUUUAACCGAGAAGCACAUGUCAAAAAGUAUAAAAAGCUGAUGAAGUUGGACCUGCCCGGUGAACUGGAGAGGCUACGUGCUUUACUGGCUGCCACUCCCUCCCCUGUGGUGUUUUGUCACAAUGACGUCCAGGAGGGUAACAUUUUGAUGCUGGACGAUAGGGACCAAUCCUCAAACGAUUGCCUCAUGCUGAUAGACUUUGAAUACAGCAGUUAUAACUACAGAGGUUUUGAUUUUGGGAACCACUUCUGUGAAUGGAUGUAUGAUUACACAUAUAACCAAUGGCCUUUUUACAAAGCCUCGCCUGAGAAUUACCCGUCCAGAGAGCAGCAGCUUAAUUUCCUUCGAAGUUAUUUGGCAGAACAACAAGGGCACUCUGACAUGAAGAUGGACCAGACUCGGGUUGAAGAAGACAUGAUCAUUGAGGCCAACAGAUAUGCUUUAGCGUCUCAUUUCCUGUGGGGGCUGUGGUCAAUCAUCCAGGCUAAAAUAUCCAAGAUUGAAUUUGGAUAUAUGGACUAUGCUCAGUGUCGUUUUGAUGCCUAUUUCAAACAGAAGAAGCUUUUCUCCUAA